UCAGCUGUCAACAAGGACUGUUGUUCUCGAAUUUAGAAUCAAAGAAUUGCUAAUUUCUUUGAUGUAGCCUUAUGAAAUGGUGUCCUCUAUAUUAUUAUAUUAAUUGAAACACUGAUGAGGAUGUCCCUAGGUGUAAGUUAUAUGAUGACACGAAGCCAUGAAGCGUAACCGGGGGGUCAUAAUCGGGCAGCAUGAAGCAGCGACGGCGAUCCUCGGGUGCACUGGAGCAGAACUCUUGGUGUGGCUUACACUCCUUCCUCUCCAAGACGUAGUCACAUUUAUACCUACCACUACAAACUCCAAGGUACUUCAGCACCCAUACAAGCAUUUCAAGUUGGGAGAGUUAACCAAGAGGAAUUAUUGACUCCCGUGUGCCAUUAGCCGGCUCUUGACGUUGACUUUUAAACUGAAAAACCAAACCAAACAAGGAAUGAAUUGAUGCAUAGAGCUCUGGGUUGCCUUUUGUGGUUCAUCAUCUUUAAUUCUGACACUGACAUAAGGUAUUUCAAGAUGAGUUCCGACACUUUAACCCUGCCAACAGACAUCGACGUUCAUGAGAGUAUCACUAAUAUUGCCAUCUGGCUUGAAACUCACAGUCAUGCUGGACCUCAACAAACUCCGGAAGAGAUCACAGCAGAAGAUUUAGCUGUAGCUGUGCCGGGUGAGUGUCUCUUCCCCGAGCUCUGUGCUGAAAAUGAAGAAGCAUCCCAUGAAGAAGAGAAAGGCGUCCUUGUUUACACAGACAGUAAUGAAGACAAAUACAUCUGGUUGAAGGGAGAUUGGCAUCCCUUGGAAGGUAUUGAGCAUUACCUCACCAAACAAUGGAUGGGCCCAAGUACUAGUAUAUGGGGUGGUGAGGAUGUAUAUGCCUGUGAUACCCUGGACACCAUGUAUGUGCCGUGUGGCUCGACGGCAGGGACAUUCUCUGGCUCUGUUAAGAACUCUGGCAUCAGAGGUUCCUCCAGGUGACCAUCUUGGCUUGUCUCAUCCAGUGUCUCUCAGCAUGUGCAAAGUUUUACUGAAGUUUAUUCAAGUUUAUCUGAAGCUACGAGAUGCCCUUUGGACAUUGGAUGAGGAUGGUGAAGUUUCUGGGACUGUAACCCUAAUGCUUGGUUCUCUGAUGAUGCGUGGAGCCCUUCAUGGAGCUGGCACCCCUAAUUCCUCACAAUCUCACCAGCCCAUGGAAGAAGCACAACAACCUAUGGAACAGACAGAUCAGCCCAUGGAACAAACAAGUCUGCAGCAGGACACAAAAGCAAGGGUCUCAACAACAGCAGGAGUCAGAACCUUGUGAUACAUCUUAAGGACAAAGGCCAGAGGAGCUGUAACAGGCACUCAAUCUAUUUAUUAAACUUUAUACUGUAUGUUGUUUUUUAAAACUUCAUUUAGAAAUUUUUAUAAAUAAGUUAUAUAAAUUAUAAUUGUAUUCAUUUGAAUUUUAAAAUUAUUUAUAUGAACAAAAAAUAUAAAUUUGUAUGCAUUUUCAUUAUAAAUGGAACAGGAGUCAAUUCCUGAAGCUACUGCAGCUCAGAGAGAGAGAGAGAGAGAGAGAGGCGUGUGUGUGGUUGACGUGAAAAAUGGGAAAGUUAUUCUUUUGAAAUCUGAGAAUAAAAAUAAAAAACAGAUUUCUUGACAAAUUAAAUCCUGUGAAAUCAGGGAAAGCAUGAAAUACUGUACCAUAUCUGUAAGGUUAGUUGUAGUUCAAAGAUCAGAUCAUAUACUGUACUAUACUGUAUUGUUUUUUGUUUUUUGCAUAUGUCCAGGUAUUUCAGCAUCAAUUUAUAUGUCCCAUUCAGGAGAAAAAUGAAGCAGUUCAUUCUUCCACUAUUGUGCAUUAAUGAGUUGCACUUGUGAAAUGUACCAAGUUAAACAAUGGAACUGAAACUGUUCUGGCUUUUAAAGUGUUGAUGAAUGUUGUGCAUGCUUACGUGUAAGACCAGGUAUCAGACAAAGACCUUUAGAAGAGUAUGCUUACCACUUUGUGGUAUUGUCUAUCUGGGUGGAUCCAGGAGUUCACUGGUGCAGAUAACCCCCUCUCCCUGGCUUACUUAGAAAUUACAUUUUGGUACCAGUUUAAAUUGCUUUUCUGCAGCAUGAAGACUUACAGCAGCACUACUAUAUAUAAUUAACUGGGAGCAUAAUUAUAUCCAUUUAUAAAACCGAUUUUACUGUCUACCUUCAUAAAUUAUAAUUUACUGUAUGGUACUGUACUGUACCUGGUGCCUUCCACCCCAAAAUGAUCCUGGAUCUGCUCAUUUACUAUCAGUUGUAUGAAUCUUGACAAAAAUGAUAUUUAUGAAGCAAUAUCUAUGUCAGAUACUGAAAAAGAUACCAACUGUAAUUCACCACAUUGAACGAAUGCAUAAGAUACUCCAUUACGAUGGAGUAACUUGGAUGCCGAGUUAAAGUUUUAAUGUUAUGUAGCUGGUUAGAUAUUUUAUCUCUCCACCAAACCAUAUUGUAAAAGUCGGUUAUAGAGAUAAGAACAAAAUAUUUAGGUAGAUUGGCUGGCCUCAUUCAUUCACCCAAAAAUGUCUACCAUGGGAGGAUAGGAGUAAGUCUACCCAUUCCUCCACUUGGUUGGCCACUCACUCUCCACCAGGGCUUGGUGGUCUGCCACUUUUCUCUACAUUUAUCUUUUAGAGUGUUUAUUAUUUUCCCCAUUUUUGUGUUGUUUUCUUUUCUAAUAUACUUUUAACUACUUCAUCUUAUUUCCUGGAUGUUAAUAUUUAGUAAAGCAACUCCCACUUAUGCCACACAUUGUUAUUUUGAAGUGUCAGCAGUGGAGACUGCUUCACACAGUGUAACAGACAGGCCAUCAUGUAGAAUUCUUAAGUAAUUAUUCCAAGUGUUGUUGCAGUCUUUAGUAUUUAAAAAAGAAACGGUAAGAUUUAUUCACUAUCCACGCUUUGAAUGUAGGAUGAAUCUGAGAUGAUCAUUGUCAAAAAAUUAGAUUGACAAGAAAAUGAGUAUGUUAACUUUACAAUGAAAUUUAAGUCUGUCUCAACUAAUAUUAAACAUUGUGCAUGUAUUCACCAACUGGGUCAAAAUAGAAAAAAGAAGGAAUUGGAAAAUUAGAAAUAUUUAAAAAGGUGAGACUAGGGAAUUCCACCAUAUUUCAAGUGUGUUACUGAAGAAAAUUUUGUGUAACUACAUAAAGUAAAAAUGGUAAAAUAUUUGGAAUUAAACCUGUUCAGGGUAUCAUAGUAGUUUAUGUGACUCUUGUAAAAUUUACAAAAAAAAAAAUCUAAUUUGAUGACAUUGGAUUGAG